AUGCCUAUUCCAUCACCUAUUAAUACUCGCUCUGGUGAAGAUGAUAGUACCAAUUCUGUAAACCUUGAGCAGGCACAAAGUGCUAUUUCUCCCAAAAUAAAUUCUGACAAUAAUCCUGAAAAGGAUACACUCUCUGUUGAGCAAAUGCCUAUCAAUCGAAAUGAGAACCAGAAUAUUUCAGAAGCGCCUAUUAAUCGGGUACAAAGUGUCAUUUCUUCAGAAAUAAAUCAUACAACUGAAAUUUCCCAAGAUACUAUAUCCACUCUGACCCAUGACCAAAAAACUAUUUCUUCCGAAAUAAAAAUUUCCUAUAAUCAAAAAGUAGAACAAGGUUUAAUACGCGAGUUAUCUGUAUUUACUAUUACUAAUGAAAAAAGUCUUUCGAAUUCUACAUCUGAUAAACUAAUUCUUGGCGGAGUCAGCACAGCUGAAAAUAUGCUAACCGGUGAUGAUCUAGAUGAGAAAACAUCCUCACUUCAAUUAAUUAACGAGCAAGAUAAUUCCAUUGUUAAUUUUCAAACUGAAUGUCAAAAAGUAAUCAGCGUGAAGAAUCUUCACGUGCACGUGACCAAACCAUUCCAAGGAAACGAUCAAGAUUUGAAGAAAUUUUCAGAAGCCAAGGUGAGUGUAGGAUCUAUGCCUGAAACUGAAAAGAAAACUUUACCCCAAAAGACCUUACCUGAAGAACAGAAUAAUCUGAGCCACGACCGUGCUAUUUUUCGCAAUAAAGUAUUGGAACAAUAUCCUGAUUUAUAUUAUGAAUUCAGUAGUGAAAAUGUUGAUUAUUACGGAAUUACUGCCGAGACAUUAUGUCCUUUAUGCAAGUUAGACCAUGAUGAUGAGGAAGAUAUAGAAGGUAAAUAUGAAACAGGAUCAUACUAUAUUAAAUAUGAACAGCGCGAAAUUCAAAUUACUGCAUAA